UCUCUUUGCUGUCUUUCUAAUUUUGAUUUGGCCUAUUAAGGUGGUGGGCUGUGUGUGUUUGUGUCUGAAUUAGAGACAUUGAAGAGCUGGCCUCUUCCAUUUUCCAACUCUCCACUAUUAUUUUGUUACCGUUCACUACUUCCUUCCUUCCCUUAUUUUUUAUCUCUCAUUCAGAUGACAACUUGACUCUGUACAUAUAUACAUAUACCCAAGCUUUUCUCUUUCUUUCUGCUUCUUCUUCUUCCCUUCUUUUUUGAUUCCUCUUUCGGUUGCAGUUCCAUUGGAGUGGCUGCUGCCCAAGGUGUUGAAGAAGGGCAUAAGCUAAUGAAGAGGCUAGUGGCACUGCUUUUGUUUAUGGUAUUAGCAACUGCUGGUGUAAUUGAGGGAGGAUGGAGUGGUGGACAGUGUGAUAACAAGAGAACUUUGGAUCCUAGACCUCAUAGUGUAUCCAUCUUAGAGUUUGGUGCAGUUGGGGAUGGGAAAACAGUGAAUACGAUUGCCUUUCAAAAUGCCAUCUUCUAUCUCAAGUCUUUUGCUGACAAAGGAGGUGCUCAGCUCUAUGUACCAUCAGGCAGGUGGCUUACGGGAAGCUUCAACCUCACUAGUCACCUCACGCUUUUCUUGGAAAGAGGUGCCUUCAUUCUUGGAUCACAGAAUGCUGCUCACUGGGAUAUCAUUGAUCCCUUGCCAUCAUAUGGUCGAGGAGUUGAACUCCCAGGUGGAAGAUAUCGCAGCUUGAUAACUGGAUAUAACUUAACAGAUGUGGUGAUAACAGGUGAUAAUGGAACUAUAGAUGGGCAGGGAUCUGUAUGGUGGGAGUCAUUCAGUUCUCAUUCUUUAAACUAUAGCCGUCCUCAUCUUGUGGAAUAUAUUGGCUGCAAGGAUGUUGUAGUUUCGAAUCUCACAUUCUUGAAUUCCCCUGCCUGGAACAUCCAUCCAGUUUAUUGCAGCAAUGUGCAAGUGCAAAAUAUUACUAUUCAUGCUCCACCUGAAUCUCCCCACACUGUUGGUAUAGUUCCAGAUUCUUCCGACAAUGUGUGCAUUGAGGACUCCAGUAUUAGCGUGGGUUAUGAUGCUAUUUCAUUUAAGAGUGGUUGGGAUGAGUAUGGCAUUGCCUAUGGAAGAUCGACCAGGAAUGUUCACAUCAGAGGGACUCACCUUCAAGGUUCUACAGGUUCUGCCCUGGCUUUUGGUAGUGAGAUGUCUGGUGGCAUCUCUGACAUCAUUGUGGAGGGUCUGCACAUACAUAAUUCCUUCACUGGUAUUGCAUUCAAGACUACCAAGGGCAGAGGCGGUUAUAUAAAAGACAUCUUUUUGUCAUAUUUAGAAAUGGAAAAUGUCUACAAGGCACUCAAAGCCACAGGGCAAUUUGGAUCCCACCCGGAUGACAAGUUUGAUCCAAAUGCUCUGCCAGUUAUUGAUCGCAUCACCUUGAAAAACAUUGUUGGCACAAACAUCAAUGUUGCUGGAGAUCUUGAAGGAAUUCAAGAGUCUCCCUUCACCUCCAUCUGUCUUUUCAAUGUCUCUUUUUUAAUGACUUCUGGCACAUCUGCUUCAUGGUACUGUUCAAAUGUAUUGGGAUUUUCUGAUUCAGUGUUCCCAGAACCAUGUCCGGAUCUCAAGAGCUCUUAUUCAAAUUCUUCAUCUGCCUGCUUUUCCCUGGCACCUUCUGAUGGUUAUGCUGCAGCCUUGUGAGAUUUUCACUUUGCAAAUACUUCGUUGCAGCUCCUGUACAACGAGAGAGAAACCCAUUCAGUUCCUUCUUGAAUUCAGUUGAAUUCUUUCCAAAUAAAAUCCAGAUUCUGAACCUUCAGUUGUUCAAUUUUCGCCUAUACUCUCAUCAUACACCGAAACUAUAUUGAAGCUGGUGUCAUGCCUUAUCAGCUACUUAUGUGUACAGUCUCAUUUCUUCAUUCUUGUGUAAGGAAAGUUUUGGUAGGAAUUGUAGCUCAAGUGACUGAGAUUGUUAGCACUACAUGCUUUCUGUUUUCUCUUUAAUAUAAUCAUUUAUUCUUAUAUUGUUGUACAUGUUACAUGAUCCUACAUUGGCUCUGUUGUGCAAGAGGGAUAGUGGCUGUUGGGCCAGGGUGGAGCAGCCCAAGUAGUGUCCAGGUAGAACGUUGUGAUUGGAAUAAAGGGUUGCUGAGGUUGAUGAGUUA